UACCUUGACGGGGUGCACCGGACCGGACCGACACACAGGCUCUAACGUUAGCAGGCGACUCCCUGCAGCAGAUUAACUUAACGAAAACAGUUCGUUACCGCGUUAUUUACCGACGCCGUUUAACCGUCAACAUGUCGCACACCGUUAUCACCACAACCACAACAACGACCAGGACGUCCGGGGACGGUGUCCUCUACAUGGGCUACACCCGGACCAUCCCGGGACUGCUCAAGCUCGGACAGAUGCUUGCUUUGCUCAUCGCCUUCCUGUGCGUCCACUGUGCUCGGGGUUGGCCCAGCUGGGCGGCUUUCCAGUACUUUGAGGUGGUGGCGCUGUGGUUCCUCAUCGCCUUCCUCAUCUUCUUCCUCAUGCACCUGUUCAGGCUGCAGGCGAAGAUGCCGUGCAUCAACUGGCCGCUGACGGAGUUCUUUCAUUACUCCGUCGGGACCGUCCUCAUCCUCAUCGCCUCCAUCAUCGCCGCCGUGAAGAGUGGAGGAGUUUCAGCGCUGGUGGCCGCGUCGGUGUUUGGGUUCAUAGCGACAUUCCUGAUGGCUGUUAGUUUGUGGACGUCUUACAGUGUGACCUGUGGCCCUCAUCAGACCGGUUCAGCAGUGUAAAAAAGCCUCGUCUCGAUGGACCCAGGUGGCUGUGUUGGCAGUUUGCUGUGUCCUGGCCAAUUUUCUGCCUAGCAACCACCUGGAUAAUUAACCUGAUUGGAUAAUAACUCAUUCUGCAGAGGUAACAGAAGUGCUGAUCCAGGACCAGCCGUCGUUUUCAACAAUCUGAAGCAUAAAUAUCCCUGAUUAUCACAGUAUGAGGACAGUAGUCACAUUAUUAAUCACAGUUUAUUAUUUUUAUUCCUCAAUGAAUCUUAUCAAACCUCUGAAGUCACACUCUCAUGUUAAAGGUGCUCAGUGUCACAUAUUAACCAUUGAUUGUAUCAGUAACACAUUUGGUCACCUGAUACUGUUGUCAUGUUGCCACGACUACGUUUCCCAUCAUCCCUGCUGCUUCCUGCCCUCACUUUCCCGCCCUGAAAAGGCCUGGACAUAUUUAAAAAUGUUUUUUCUUUCCAUAAGCUUUUUAGAAAAGUUAAAGCUCCAUUAGCUUCAAAAGAACAGCGCCCUCUUCCUGUUGUGUGCCAUAAAGCAAUCCAGACAAUUUCCCUCCAAAAACCUCACAGGUGUGAGCGCAGCCACAGUGUCUUUGUUGCAUUUCCUCAGUGGUUUACAGUAUCCAGCUUGAUUUGCUCGAUUUGUUAGAAAAUGUCCUGUCCAUUCCAACUUUUUUAUUCUACUUUGAAAAUUCCUGAAAGCUCCAUAAAAGCAGUUUGGACCACAGAUGUACAAUGAAAUGAUGCACAGUAUAGCCCUGUUAGCCUUCUAUGCUAAUUUUGCUAGCACACUACAGUAUUCAUGUGCUAAUAUUGUCAUCAUUCUGGUGUGCUAACAAACAUUAACAAGCUGAUAUUUUACAGAAAAUAGCUUGCAUGCUAAUGACUUUGUUAGCAUGCUAAAACGUUACUCAGGGGCUAAUACAUACGUGUGCUACAAAAAACAAUAGCAUGUUAAAAAUUUAUGUGAACUGAAACAAUGAAAAACAUUAGCAUGCUAACAAUGCAACAAUCAGCUGAUGGGCUUGGAGCUGAGAGCAGGGAAGUCAGAAAGUGUUGAGAAACGAGCUAACACGCUGUUGGUUUCAGUCUGCACAUGAGAUUUGUAGAUUAAAACAAAAAUCUAGAAUAAUGCCAGUUAAAUCCUUCAAACAGUGAUUUAGUCACUGUGUAAAAAAGAAAGAAUGUGCCUGAUUUGAUGUAAAAUGUCUUUACUGACGUGAACUAAAGCUUCUUUCCCUGGGUAGGGCAGUAACUCCCAUGAAGCAUCACAUUAACCCUCCACAGUUGGAGUCUAAUCAAUUUGCUGUUAACUUCAGCAGCCAUGAGUAUCAGUAUCAGACGACUCUCUGCUGCAUUUAUUACACUUCCACUACAGCUUGCUGUCCAGUUUAUCAAAAAGACAGGACAUGUACGACUGUCCUUGGUGCUUAAACACAAACAGUUAACCAUUUGAAUUCAAAUUAAAUCUGUUUUCUUCCCAUCAUUCACUCAGAAAACACAUCAGAAACAGUUUUAAAUGAUGCCAGAAUGAGAGCAGUGUCCAAAUUAAACUGAAAAAUUAAAAGUGAUAGUGAUUUCUAUGGAGCUCGUCAGGAGUCAUAUGGUGGAGAAAAUUACUGGUGUUAAAAUCUAGUACGCAUUUAUUAACUUUACGCACAUAUUGAUAAAACAUAUGCAUGAAUUAAUAAAAAAUAUACGUAAAAUAAUAAACAUACAGAGAUGAAUCAUGAAAACAUACACAUGGAUUUAUAAAGAUAAUGAGGAUCAUAUGUGCAGAUUAAUAUGUUAAUCGAUUGAUCUCACAGAUCAGAAACAUUUAUGCAUGAAUAUAAAACAAGUUUGGAUUAAUAAAAUGUAUGCAUGGAGUUAUUUAAAUGUACACACAGGUUAUUGAAUGGUACAUACAGAUUAACAAGAUGUACACAAGAAUUAAUAAAGAUUGUGUACAGUUAUGAUAAAACGUACGAUUGUUAAAACGUUCACACAGAUGAAUAAAAUGUUUGUAAAGGUUAAAAAAACAUGCACAGAUAAAUAAAACUUCACAUGGAUUUAUAAAGCAUACACACAAAGUAAAAAAAUGUACUGUAAUAACAUAUGGAUCAAUAAGCUCUAUGCACACAUAAAAACAUGCAUGGAUUAAUUAAAUGUAGGCACAGAUUAAUAAUUUUGAAGCAAGAAUUUUUAAAUAAAAGCAAGAAAUUAAAAUUGAAAAAGCUUGGAAGUAAUGCUGCAUUUAACUGUCAUACCAAAUUAAAUGAAAGCACAGACUAAUAACUGGAGUCUGAAAAAUAGUGAAAAUACUAUAAAUAUCUAAUAAACACAAGUCACAGCAUGUUUGCUUUUUUACAAUUCUGAUUGUUGAAGCACAAAAUAUGUCUCAAAAUACCUCUCCUUUUCGGAAGUUUGUCUUUGCAUGUUGUAAUACUUUCACUAUUUGUCUGAUUAUUAAUCUGUGCUUCCAUUUAGUAAGUUUAAAGAUGAAAUAACAUAUUAUACUACCCUUAAAUCUAUCUAACCCACCUGAUUUUCACUUUAUUAAUAUGUGCGAAUGAAUCUCCACAUCAUAUGACCCUCGAGUCCGUAGUUUUCUGACCAAUCCGUUUAUCUGGGCCAUUAAACUGAGGUCUACUCAAUAAAACACCAGUGGUUAAAUGUAGUUUGUGUUUUUAGUUCUACAAACAUUUCUGAUCGAACAUUCAACUGAAGUGCUACAAACUGGAAAAGGUCAUAUAAAGUUCUUCUCCCAAAUGCUAAACAUUGUCCAAGCACAAACUGCUGCAAAGAACUUAAGUUGUGUCAAAAUAAAAGUAAAAUAAAAGCUAAGUUGUACUUAAUUUUAUAAAGAAAUUUAUUUUAAAAAAGGGGACCAAGAUUAUGAAUCUGACCUGACAUUUGAUAUCAACUUUCAGUACCUGACAAUUUCCAAUUCUCUGCUACAGACAGCACAAAAGUAGCUAGCUAGCUAAUGUUGUUCACACUUAAAGCUCCUGAGCUAGCAAAGGUUAGCUUACCAACAGUGAUCUUUUGUGUGGGGGAUGAUGUAAACAAUGACGCUGCAAUGCAUUUUGUCAUCAAGUAAAAGUAUUUCUGCUUAUUUUACUUCUAUUCUAGCCCUAGCUAACCAGCUAACACUAGCAUAACUUAAGCUUAUUGUUGAUAAUAUCGCAAUAAUCUUGUUUGUUAGCCAGGAUGUGUUUUCUUUGAAUUGUAUUGACAUUAUGUUAUUUUUUAUUAACAGUAGUCUGACUAGUUUUACUAACUAAUUUUACUUUAAUAUAAAAGUAAAGCAUUAUUAAGUGUUAAUGAAAGUGGAACAAUUAAAUAGCAGCAGAUGUGAUAUAAAACUGACUUUGCUAAUCGAGCAACAAACUCUUAAGUGUGGGGAACAAAGUAAAACAAUGUUGAACCUCUAAACUAACUUUUUUACUUAGGGAAUGUGACACAAUUAUUUCCUCUAAUUUUAAUAUUUUGCUAGCAUUAGCUAACAAGAUAAUUUGAGGAGCUAUUGUUGAUCAACAUCAAUUCAGUCUUACUUGUUGGUCAGGAUAACUUUUUCACUUCAUUUUCUUUGAAUGGAAAUACCAUUAUGUUCCAAAAAAGCCAACCAGUUGUAGCUUUACUGAGGUGCCAGUUUCAUAAGGAGGAAUGAGUUAAUUUAAAACUAGCCAUUUUAACAUGUAUGUACAGUAUGUUUCAACUCACAGAAAUCGGUGCCAUUUAGAUUUAGAUUUUUUUUCAGAUUGUGUUUAAGCCAAUCAAGUCCAGCAGUUAGGAAAGUCUCCUGAGGUUUAACUGAACCAAUAGAGUUACUCUUUUCUCUUCUUUCUCUGAGAAAUGUUUGUAGAAUUAAAAAUCAUAUCCAUUGAUGAUUUUGUCUGGGUGCCGGAAGAAGCUUUAUGAAAAUUAGCGAGUGUUCUCUGUGAAUUAUUGACUUUCCUGCCAUUUCCAGUUUCCAAACUGUUGAUGAUGUGAAACAGAACUCUGCUUUCAGUCAGAGACGUUAAUCCUCAGAUUUACUGCCUUACUGUUGAUCAGAUGCCAAAAAUCUUAGUGUGAUGCUUCAGAUUUUGCACUGAAAGUGUCUUUACAUUUCCUCUGAAGCAGCACAGGAUACAGAAUGAAGGAUUUAUGUCUAAUUGGAUUAAAAUUGAAUGUUUCAUCUUCAGUGACCACGUGAAAGUUUAGGUUUACUGGACAAAAUAUAAUGAAUUUAACUACAGUUUAUUGUCUUUCUUCUGGUGCAACUCUUGAAUCCCCUACACACCGUGUGAUCAGAUGGCGGUCUAACAGGUUCACCGCAAGACAGGUCCACUAAAACUGAGCAAGCCUAGCCUCUUCAGUACGAGGAUUUUAAGUUGGAUUUAAGUUGGAUUUUGGACUAUUUGUCAAAUACAAAAAGCUGUUUGGAGGCUUCACAUUGGACUGUUUUAAUGAGGUAGUAUAGGUUUGUCUUGUGGAGACCUCUACCACAAAACAGACCAAUGGAAAAAUUACCUGGACCCAACUUGCUUAAGUAACUUUUCUAAAUAAAAAAAGAUGCCUGAUCCAAUGAGGACAGUAGGACACUUUUAAAAAUUGAGUUUGACCAAAUUCACAUAAUUUAUAUAAUAUGUUGGAGUUCAUCUGAAGGCAGACCACAUAAUCUGAUCCUAAUCUGAGUGACCAGCCAAGGAUUAGUUAAUGUAUGGCAGUCUCACCUGAUCCACAAAUUCUCCAUCUUUGGUGCUGAAUCCAAAAUGUUUCUCCACAUUAUUUCUCUGAUUAGUUUGGUAACAUGAUCGUCCAUUGUACAAGUGUUAUUCCUGAAAGUCGAUGUGACCGUACCUGAUGGCACUGAAUAUAGUUCGGAUGUGGUCUGACCAGGUCCCAGUUUUGGGUCUUGAUUUCCAGGAACCUAGCAGCAGUGACAUUGUAAAGUCCUAAGUUUCUAUCACAGUCUACAAAGCUUUAAAUUGGUGGCUAAAGUUGGUGGACGAGUCCAACAGAGCGAUUGCCAUUUUGGAUUUAUGAUCAAAGACUUCUCACGCGAAUGUCAACCUUCAUCAGAAACAGCCCAACAUCACACGGUGUGUCGGGGUCUUUGUAAUGUAAAGACACCCUGUUAUAGUCACAACUGAUCAAAGCUGUUUUUUACAAAGUAAAACAUUGCUGCUGCUUUUCACUUUUAGAUAUUGUUUUAAGUUUCUGUGAUGGUCCAACAUGUUCACAUAAGCUGUGUAUUCGCUGCUUCACUGGAUGUUUGUUUUUUUUGUUCUGGACCAGUUUGACAUGUAAGCUUCAUUUCCAUUAAAGAUGCACUGAUAAAACUUCUUAAAUGCAGAUACCAUUUUAGUUAAAUGAUCCCACCUGAUGUUGAAUAUCAGAAGCUGAAGCACUUGUUUAGCAUCACUGGACAAAAACAAUGAUGUAGAUCUUUAGAGUUAGUUUGCCCUCUUUGAUUUAUUCCAAGACUUUGUAUUUGUAUCAUUGAACUUUUGAUAAAAAAGAGUUUUCCCAUCAGUAUCUGCCCAGUAUCCAGUUUUGGUAUCGAAUUAGGAUGUUGUUUUUAUUGGUGCAUCCUUUAUUUUUUACCCUGAAGCUGGGUUUUUAUUGCUGCCUGGAGGUUUUUUCUGUGGAACCAGGAUGAAUCAGUGAGAGUUUGGCCUUUUUGUGUCGGUUUUGUAACCGUUGCCAUCAACUUCUCCUCUUCAAGAAAAGAUUCUUACCACAUGAAAUUCAAUCACAGAUUCAUUCUGGCUCCAGCCCAGACAAAACUAGACUGUUUACAUUAUUUAUUUCCGCAUGUAUGUGUUUUCUGAUGCUUAAUGAUGCUAUUCUCACUGAUGCAAAGUGACCUGAUUUAAGGCUGUGUGUCCACUGGGAGAUACAGAGUGAUGGUAAAUGGUCUGUAGUUUGGAGGCUUAUAUGUACUGAUCCAGGACCACAUGGUUUCUGAUCCUGGAUGGACAUCUCAGGGAAAGAAAUAAUUCAGUUACAUGAAGAACAUUGGAUAUAUGAAAUAAUUGACUGGUACACAGUCUGAGACUCUUUAGAUACUGGAAAAACAAGAUCAGAUGACUCAGUACAAACCAUGUAAUCUCAAAGAUAAUAACAAUACUUUAUGUUUAUUUAGCACCUUUCAAAAGUGUGAAAAUGAAAGGAAUAACAUCCAGUUCUUUGUAGAUUCUGCAUGGUUUAUAUUGACUUCAGUAAAUCUUAUUUUUAGCUGAUCUUUUCUUUCCACUGCAAAGACUUCAAUCAGGAUUAAACAUCAAGCUUCAAAGUUCAUUCUUGACCUUCAGCAGUCGAUGAAACAGUCUGAAAGGAAAAUUCCGUUUGCAGAGAGAGACUGUGUGAAAUGAUUGAAAGCUUCAGAACGGCCACUAAAUGGACUGAACUUUGGAGCUGAACCUUUAGAGGCUUAAAAAACAAUGUUACAAACCAACAACAAGAAAACGACAGAGGCAGCGGUAGGCGACACUACAAGGUUCGUUUCAGUUUGAUACCAAGUCAGAUCAGAGUCUCAGUCUGAGUAAACACUGUUUAUAUUACUUUACAGCACCUGACAUCAUUUUUCUAACUCCAUAAAAGUUGCUCAGAGGAGGGUUAGUGUUAGUGAGUCUGUAUUUUCACUAUUCUUCUCACGAACUCCUGAGUGACCUAAAUGUCUUGAGAUGUCUGUUCACGAUUCUGGAUCAGCACCAGAGUGAAAACAGGAAGUAAACACUGCUUUAGUCCUUUAAACAGGACAAGCCUGGUGGACUCCGACACCCUGAUGGUUUAGAUUGUUUAGAUUUUUCUCCAAAGUGCCUUAAUGUUCUGUUGAAGCGUAGACUGGUCCAUUAGCGAGCUAACUGCAGACUAAUGGGCCGACGUGGUUUCAGUGAGGAAAGAGAUCAAAGAAAAUGGAGCCAAAUGAAAAAAUGGCGGCGAGUGUCUUAAGGCCUGCGGUGGAGACAUGAAGUGAUUUUAUUAUAUUUUAGAAGAUGUCCACAGUAUUAUAAGUCACAUCACAAAGAGCUCACAUGACUUGUGUUGUUUUUUUACAUUUUUUUAAAAGUGUGUUUAAACUACAAGUUGUGAUUUGUUGCAUGUUGUAAAUUAAAGGCUCAUUGCACCA